CGACGAUGGAACCGAAAAAGGAGGAGCGAAAACGGGCGAUCAGGGCAUGCGACCGGUGCCGCAAGGUGAAGGAGAAGUGCGAGGGCGGUCUGCCCUGCCGCCGAUGCAGCUACUAUCGCCAUGUCUGUGAGUUCAGCGCUGCAGAAGACAAAGCGAGAGCGAGGAGAACACGCAUCUCCAAGGCGUACGUGGCUGAACUGACGCGACGGACGCUGUAUAUGGAACGAAUCCUGAGCAAGAAAUGGCCGGGGAUCUCGCUGGAGACGGAGAGUCUACGAGUGACUGCCGAGUCGCUCGAUGAGGGUGGGGAGAGAGGCUGUCUGGACACGGUUGUUGGGGACUCUCUCGAUGAGGACGAGGAUGAAGGAGAGCUCUCGCUGGAAGAAGAGUGUACCCUUGAUCCGGUCCAGGACAAUGUGACCCGUGACUAUUCCGGCGAGUUCUCGUAUUGGAACUUUUCCAUGCGUGUCAAGCGACAUCUGGACGACCGCAUGUCGUCCACGAUGCAACCGACGCAGGUCUCUGGAUACUGGCGAGCCGAACAGCUUCGGUCAGGCCUGAGCAACCUCUCGGCCGCCAUCUCCUGCUGUCCGCCGCGGCAUAUCGCCGACUUUCUGGUCUCCAUCUUCUUCAAGCACGCGCAGACCAGCUACUUUCUCGUUGACGAGACCUGGUUCCGCGCCCGGAUGGAGCUGCUGUAUACCGACGCGGCGCAGCUCAACCCGCGCGACGCCAGCAGCAUUGCCGUCAUCCUCGCCGUGCUGGCCAUUGGCACGCAGUACGCCUAUCUCGACUCGCCGCAGCGCACUGUACGGAUGAAGAGCGGGCUGGCGUUUUCCGAGGACGAACUGGGCACCAUGUUCUACCAGCAGGCCAUCAAGCUCUUGCCGGAGAUCAUCGAGCUUUCUUCGCUGGAGAGCGUGCAGGCUUGUCUGCUCGUCGGGGUGUACACGCUGCCACUCGAUGCGUCCGGCCUGUCCUAUAUCUAUCUCAACCUCGCCCUGCGUCUGGCGGUGCAGAACGGGAUGCAUAGACGCUAUACAGGGACCGAGCUGAGCAACACCAUCAUCGAAACACGCAAUAGGGUCUGGUGGAGCACAUACGCGUUGGAGAGGAAGAUCAAUAUCCUUCAUGGUCGCCCGCUUUCCAUUCUCCGUCGAGACGUGGAUGCCGAUACGCCGGCGAAUAUCCCAGAAUUGAACCAAUGCGUUGGCCAGAUGAACACUUCUAUCCAGCUGGUGCAUUAUCUCGAAGCCUUUCUCAAUGAGAUGACCUCCCUCCGAACCAAACAGAUCAAGAACAUCCUAUCAAACAUCACCAGCACAAAGGAAUCACUCACCAGCUGGUGGGCGUCUCUGCCGUCCACUCAACUCUCUCCUGAUCGAUCCACGAUGCACCUGCAACUGGAAUACUGUCUCGUCAGACUCUUCAUCGGCCGGCCGUUUCUUCUGACCCGACAUACGGCAGAGAUGGAUUCUCCGCCUGCGCCGGCUUCCUCUCCGUCCUCCUCUUCCGCCAAAAGACCAUCUCAACGCAACGCCCUGAUACAAGACUGCAUCGACGCCGCCCUCGAGGCCCUGGACAUCUGCCAUUCCCUGCGUGACGGGCCGGGGCUCGCUCGCGCCUCGUACGUCGAGUACAGCGCGUGUCGGGCAUCGCUGCUCGUCCUGAUUGCCUACGCCAUCCAGACCGGCUCGGACGCCUACCGGGCCUGUCUCUCGCGCGGAAUGGGCAUGAUCUGCGAGAUGUCGUGUGCGGGGGAUUCCGCGCGGUCAGAAGUCUCGUUGAUCGAGAGUCUGGAGGGGGCCCUCUCCAGACUACACCAUGCAGAGGGCGCGGGUGAGGGUGAAAGCAAGAAUACGUACGACUCCUUCAAGCACUGGGAGCGGGUGUGGACAGAGGAGUCGUCGCGGCCGGCGGAGGAGUUGAACCUCGCCAGAGUCUUUGACUCGGACUUGAGUUUUUUGAAUUUUCCCGACGGUGACUUUUUAUCUGUAUAA